ACUUCACCAACACAGAAACAUCCAACCUUGAAUAUACGACCUUGGGAUACUUCUUGUAAUCCAAAGAUGACGGUGAUUGAGGAAAUAAAAUUCUCCGGAAAUGAUGAGGAAAAUAUUAGGGAGAUAUGUUCAUCACAUGUACGCGUAUAUCCUAGUGCUAAAAGUGCUCUGGACUGUAGGGAUGUUUCGGCCAGCUGCAAGAUUAGCAUUCAACCAGCUGUUAAAUACUUUUGGGAAUAUCAGUAUUAUGUAACACGUCUCAUUGCACGUCAUCACGCAAGUUCACUGAUUGCCUAUGCAAUUAAACAUGUUAAAAAAACAGAUUCUGACGAAGAUAUACAUGUAGGUAUGGUGCGGUUGCUGAAUACAGAGACAGGAAAGAAGUUGCUUUUGCGUUCUUUCACGGACCGUAUCACGUACAUUGAUUUUGCACUCCGCAGCGAGGCUCUUUUAGGCAUCCUUGACCACUCUGGAGCAGUUAAUGUUUUUAAAAUUGAUCAAGGGUUGGGUUCUGAAGACCCAAUGACUUCGUCGUUAUUCUUCUCCUUAAAUCCACCAGAAAAUUUUGUUCCUUUGGAUAUUUCUUCACUCGUGUGGUGUCCGUGGUUGCAUGGGUCCAAAACUGCACUCCCACUUGCAAACGAUAUCCAUGAUGAUGUAUUUGUCCCACCACGUGACCCAAGCCUUCUGUUAGCAUAUUCUACUCAUCAUAAGGUAAAAGUUAUAAAUGUGGGUUUAGUUGUUGAACUUCUUCAGAAUCACUUUUCACAAGAUGUUCAGUCGGAAGUAUCAACGUCUUGGAGUGAAAAACAACUUAUUGAUGCCAUAGAAGGAUGUACAGCAGAUUCAUUAUAUUAUGCUGAGUUAUCGGAUCAUUCUGAUGCGAUUACUGCUUUGUCAUUAAGUCGUGAUGCUACUUGUUUGGGUUCUGCCAGUCUGGACGGUAAAGUCUGUAUAUAUUCCUUAGUUAGUCGAAUGGCUGGCAAUAUGAAGUAUAAACUGAGGCCAAUUCAUGUAUUUUCUCCUCAUGGUGGACUACCAUUGUAUGCUUUAAUAUUUCUGGACAACGUGUUGCAUAAUGAUGAAAGUAUAACAUGGAGUUAUCUUUUAACCGGUGCAGAGUCUAAUCGUGAAAUACGUCUUUGGUCAUGUUCCGAUUGGUCCUGUCUACAAGUUAUAGAGUUUUGUUCUGUGAUACCCAGUACAGAUUUACUAAAAUCUUUAAAUAUUUCAUUAUCGAAAUCGAGCAUCAUAUUAGCUGUUGAUCAAUCCGCCUCUUUUCUAAUUGCCACUGAUGUAACACGAAGAGUACUGUAUACACUUGAAUUGGCCGUUGUAAAAGAUGUUCUUGUUUCAAGUGAUAACGAAAGGUCGUUGUCCUCUUCAUCGUCAUCAAUGUUAUCAGUAUCGAAGAAGAUAUGCUGCUUCAUUUCUAUUGGAGAAUUUCUAUUGACAACACCGUGUCUGUUGUUUGCUUUAGGUCCUUCUUCAAGGAAAGCUAAAACUGGUGUAGAUCCCCUUACUAUAAAAGAGAAAAUCGGUUCACACAAAGUUUUAAUGGAUCAAAUAUGUUUGGAUAUACAUAUCAUUCAUAAUCGAAAUCUAUUAAAUGGUACCAUUCGAUUUGAUCUGCCUCAUCGAUCUGAAUCAGAUAAACUCGAAUUAAUUACAAAUAUAAUGAAACAAUCUUCAGUGGAAUCACCUGUUCAUCAUCAACGUGAAUUAACAGACCCUACUCUCCCCACUGCUAUUGAUAACUCUAGUAAUAAGGAUCUGUCAAGUUCAAUACCUUCUCCUUUUACUUCAUCACUUAACAUAAAUGCUAUUGUUCAGGAAAAAGUUGAAUCUCAUGAAGUUCUUGAUGAGCGUGAUUCCUCUGAAAUAAUCACUAGCAAACAAUUAGGUCAUGAUUCUUUAAUGCCUAACACUUUGGAAAAUCAAUUGAUGAUGGAGAAAUUAACAAAUUUAAAUAGUUCUAAUUCCCAUUUAUCUAUUAAAACUGAAAUUGAAGAUAAUUCCAGUUUCAAUCAUAAUAUGGAAACAAUUUCUCCAAGUCAACAUGAACCACCGGAAGCGGAAAAACUUCAAAAUGUUCUUUCUAUAACAUUGUUAAACAUGAAUAAUCAAUCGACUGAAGAACUUGUUUUUGAAUCUAUUUCGAAAACUGGUGAUAAAACUGCGAUUUCUGACUUCCCACCUAUGAAUUGUGUACCAUCAUUAUGCACUACGAGUGAUAACUAUACGCUUCCGAUUGAAAAUACCACGACAACUCAUCAACAGCAUUAUAGGAGUGGCGUUGCAAUUGGUGAUAACUGUAAUGACGAUGACGAUGAUAAUGGGGAGAUCGAUUUUGAAGACAAUGCGCCCGAUUCUGUGGACAAAUUACUGUCAGAUACAACAACGAAUAAAAUCCCAUUAAAUUCAAGUAGUCCAACUCGUGAUAAUAAUGGUAAUAAUGAUAAUUUAAACAAUGAAGCAUAUACUACAACUAAUCACAUAGAUGAGAAUGACUUAAUCUUUUUAACAACAACGACAACAACAUCGUCAAUGUCUCCACCAUUGGAACUGUUGCCGCCUCCACUACCAUCUCAACUCUCGUUAACAAUGUUACCAACUAAAGACACUACAUUAUGGUCGACCACUGCUACUAAUACUACUGCAAAAGAAACCCAUUUACAAAAUUCAUCACCAUUGGAUAUUACCUCGGCAUCAUUAAGCACUUGUAAUUUCGUUGUUUAUGAUGAUGAUGAUGUUGGUGGUGGUGGGGAAAGUGAAGGUGUAGGUAGGGCUGUUGACAAUGCCGAUGAAGAAGGUGAUGUUGAUGAUGAUGAUGAUUGUCGCAACUACCAAUCAUUUGAAGAUUUGAAGUCAAUUUCAAAAGAGGAAGAUAUUUUAAACGCCACAAUUAACAGAAUAGAUACAGUUAAUGAAACUACUGAACAUCACAGUCAUGACAACAACAACAACAACAAAGUCAAUACCAACGACGACGAUAACAGAAGAACUCAUAAUGAAAUGAAUAGAAUUUUAAAUCAUUUGGAAAUGUUAUCAAUAAAUUCAGAAAAACAAAGUAAACAAUUCGAUUACAUUUUAGACCAGUUAAAUGAAACAAAAUUGAAACUUGAACGGCUUGAACAAACACAAUUCGAUAUCAUUGAACAAAUAAACAAUAUUAAUUACCAAGGAUCACUAAUGCCACCGACACAACCAUCCAACAUUGUCACAAUGACCGAAUCUAAUGUGAAUUUAGAACAUUGGGAAAUUAAAUCUAUUGAAUUAUCUAAUCAGAUAAUUUCACAAUUACGAACUGUUCAAGGGGAUUUUUCACGUCGUUAUGCAAAAAUUUCUGAAAAUAUGAAUAAAAUCUUAUCGAAUAUACAAGAUUCAAAUCAUUCAAUGAAAACAAAUAUGUUGCAUAAUUUAGAAUCACGUGUUAAUGCCUUGCCAACUAUUACAUCGGAUUGUAUCAGACGUGUACUACAUGAAGAAUUAUUAAGAGUAUUUUCAAAUAAUUUAUCGCGAAUUGUUGAACCAUUGCAACAGUCUUUAUUUAAUGUGUUAAAAAAUCAUUUAUCUACAUUGCCAACAACAUUAACAGAUAAUGUUCAACGUACUCUACGUGAAAAGAAUUUCACUACACAAAUUGUACGAUCUGCAUCUGGAAUAUUAUCCACGGAACUAUCUAAUGCUUAUCGUGAUUCAUUAAAUAAAAUUUAUGUUCCAGCCUUAGAAAAAUCCACUAAGAAAUUAUUCACAGAUCUUAAUAAUGUUUUUCAACUUGGUACACAACAAUAUUUAAAUCAAAUUUCAUCUCGUAUUCAAACUCCAUCUUUUGAUGCUACAAAUUUUACACCUUUGAUGAAUCAAAUAUCAUCCAUGAUAAAAUCAACUCUUACUGAAACAUUGAAAGAAGUUGAAAGUAAACGUGGCAAUUCUUCUUCUCUUAAACUAAAUCAAUCAUCAGAUUCAUAUCCAACUAAUACUAUUGAUCGUAAUGAUCAUUAUUCAGAUGUAGUAUUCGACAAUGUAAAGCAUAAACAAUCCAAUUCAACAAUGUUGGAUAAAACAGCUGUGAAUAAAAAGUCAUAUAAUCGUCAUUUAAAUAAGUCAGGUAUUGUCAAUACUCCUCUUGUUAGUGGUAGCAAUAGUAACAAUAAUAGUAAUAAUAAUAAUCCUAGUGUAAAGAAUAAAAUACAAACAACUAAUGAGAGUCCAUAUUCAUCAAAUCUACUUCCACAACCACCACUAUCAACAUUAACAACAACAACAACACCAACAUCGUCAUCAUCAAUGAAGCAAGAUAAAUUGACACGUUUAUUUCGACAAGCUCAAGUGUUGAUUCAUUCAGAUCGUUUAGUUGAUGCUUUGGAAUUGGCUUUAGUUUCUACUGACCAACCACUUCUUCUCGAUAUCUGUAAUGAUAUUGAUGUGAAUAAACUUUUCAGUUCUGGUGAUCAUACAAUUGGUCAAAACAUUUUAUUGUCCUUAAUUCACCAAUUAAGUUGUGGUGAUUUAAGUGCUCAAUUGGAUUUAAAAGUCAAAUAUCUUCAAGAAGCUAUUCUUUGUCUUGAAUUUGAUGAUCCUACUACAUCAGUACAUGGACCAGCAAUAUUACACUUACUUAAUACACGUCUUGAUACUUUACUAAAUUCAACAAAUAACAAUAAUAAUAAAAUUACAAAUGCAUUACGUAAUCGUGUUAUUAAAUUAAAUCGUACAGUGAAAUGUUUAUUUAAAGAAAUUGCCUUAUCUGAUGAUAAAUAAUAAACAAUAAUCAUCAGUUUACCUAUCCAUUAUUGUAUGUUACAUUAUAAUAAUAAUAAUAAUAAUGACAACUUAAUUCAUUUGUCUUUCUUGUUUUCACUUUCAUUGUUACACUAUUCAUUUGGUUUAGAUUUUAUUCUUGACUACAAUAAUCAACCAAUAAAUAAACAAAAAAAAACUACAUCUUGAGGGUGAAUGUAAGUGACCGGUUCUUACAAUUCCACAUAUACGUAUCAGUACAUGUCAUUAUUAUUAUUGUUUUUGACAUUUUGAAAACGAGAACUAAAGGAGUUUGUUGUUUUUUUGUGACGAUUUCAUAAUCAUCUUGAUGAAAAGUUUAUUUGUGUACUUUACUGUUUUGUUUUCAUUUCUCAAAUAUAAUUAAUUAAUUAA